AUGUCCGCCCCACCCGCAGCACCACCCGCAGCACCACCACCAGCACCAGCACUCAUCUCUCAGCACACCACAGCAUCAUCCUUCCUCCUGAGCGCGCUGCACUCUUCCACGCCGUGCACACUGCUAAUCUGCAGCGCGCGCGAUGUAUUCCGACAGCGCCUCUCCCCCUCAUUCGCCGCUACGCUCCCAACACUCGCCCACCUCCGCGGCGGCCAGCACACGGCCGUGGUCUUCCUGCCUAGCAUUCUGCACGUGCGCACGUACCUCGCCUCCCUCUCCUCCUCCCUGGCACAUGGGGCGGGGGAGUUAAGAGUCUGGGGCCUCAUCUCGGCGCACGCGGAAACGAGCGAGUUCUCGGCGCAGGGGGUGGGGCGGACACUCGCGGCGCUGGUGGAGGUGGGAAGGCGCGCGGGCGCGGGCGUGGUGAUUGCGGAGGAGGGAGAGGCCUGGUGGGAGACGGAGUUGUCCGUGUUGAAUGCGAGUGCCAGUGGGAGGCUGGAUAGGUUGGGGGUUGUCGCUGGGAGGACGGUGGGGCUGGGGAAGGUGCUGGGGAGGUGGUUUGAUUUUGAGGAGGGGUGUGAGGGCGAGGGGGUGGAGGGGGAGGGGGGAGAGGAGCAGGAGGAGUGGGAGGGGGAGAGUGAUGGGUUGUGA